UUUCACACGAACAUAUAAACAGACAUAUAAACAGACAUAUCUGUUUUGCACACGGGUCUUCACACGAUUGUAAAUCAAUAUAUAUAUAUAUCAGAAAGCACAAAUAUUAAAAUUAUUAGAGAUACUACGACGAAUUAAAAAUGCCAGGACCUUGUAACUGCAUCGAAACAAAUGUUUGUAUGUGUGGCACUGGCUGCAACGGUGAAGGUUGUCGCUGUGGUGACGCCUGCAAGUGUGCAGGUGGCUGUAAAUGUUCCGGAUGUAAAGUAGUUUGCAAGUGUUUAGGUAGCUGUGCGUGUGAAGCAGGAUGUACAGGACCUUCAACGUGUAAAUGUAAAUCGGAUUGUACCUGCAAGUGAAACAAAAGGACAGAACACUCGAACUUAUUCCAUGCAUCAACAUAUUCAUUUUGUAUUAAAAUUUUCAUGUUCAUAUUGAAA